UUUUUAUUGGUUUCCAUUGUUUUCUCUUUCAAGAAACUGCAAGAGAGAGAGAGAGAGAGAGAGAGAGAGAGAGAGAGGACUGAAAGGGUUUUUCAGUUGGUCUUUCGUUUUACAUUUCAAGUCUUUUCUUUUUGGAAUUCGUAGAGAAAUUUCAGAGUUCACUGAAGAAUUGCAGAGAGGAGCAGGUAAGACUGCAACUCCAACUAGACUUUUGCAGGGUUCCAAGUGUUGGCUUCUUUUGUGAUCAGGCCUAAGAGGCAAUAAAGAGCUAGAGGAUCACCUUGACGACAUCACCAUCACCUUCAGCAUUUUUUCCUUUGUCAAUUAGUUGCAGAAAAUCGAGUUUAUGACUUGUGAGAAACAGGGGAGCUUGGGAUUUUGGGAUUCAUUUAUCUGGAGUUUCAGAAAGGAGAACAGGGGGGAAAGAGAUCAAAUCAUUUUUUUGCGCUUCGUUGAUCUACAAAGGCUUGUUCUUGAAGCAUAAAAAAUUGGAAAAUGAAUAUUCCUCUGUUUCUGAUUGAUCUUCAGCAGAACAUCGCAGUAAUUUUCGCCUCGAUUCGUUCUACUGGAAAUUGAAGAUGAUUCUAAAUAAUCGGAAUCUCGUUCUUCCUUUCGUGAUAUUUGUUCUCGCCUCAUCAGCUGCUCACGCGUUAAACUCCUCUUGCAACCAAUCCUGCGGCAACAAUCAGAAGAAUCGACUCCCCUUUCCUUUUGGAUUCUCAGACGGCUGUGAAAUCCGUCUCAAUUGCAGCGCAGAAGGUGAAAUCUACAUCGGCGACUUUCCAGUGCAGAAAGUAACCACAGACAAUAUCGUGGUCAGCGUACCAGCUCAAUGCAAUCGUUCCAUCGAACCCCUAAGGCAGCUCUUCCAUACGAACUACGCUCUGACAUGGAAGAAUGGGAUUUUAUUGUAUCAUUGUCAUCCACAAAUCUCUGGUUGUUUGAUAUCUCCUAUGCUGGUAGAGGAUUCUUUUGGCAUGAAAACAUGCGAACCAAAGCACGAAAAUUUAAGCUGCCUAGCGAAAACAGGAAAAAGUGAUGGUUUCAUGACUUUCGAUUACGUGAAUCAGAGCAACUGUGGAUUCUUAUUCUCAGCGGUCGCCGUUGAUUCGAAUGUGAAUUCGUCGUUGUCGCUGGAAUUUCAGACGGUCCAGCUAGGGUGGUGGCUAGAAGGGCAGUGCCAAUGUUCUCAGAAUGCCAACUGUACGACAAUUACAUCUCCAUAUACCGGAAAGCCAGGAUUCCGGUGCCGCUGCAACGACGGCUUCGAGGGAGAUGGUUUCAACGCUGGACUUGGUUGCCGCAAAGUUCUUUCCCGUUGCAACCCUUCAAAGUACAUGUCUGGCCAGUGUGGCGGAACCACAAGAGUUGCUGUUCUGGUUGGAGGCCUUGUUGCUGGAGCCUCUCUAAUGGCUGGUCUAGCUUUUAUUUGCUACUUCAUCCGACAACGGUCUACAUUUCUCAAAACCCGAAAGAGCACAAAACGCUUGCUUUCUGAGGCUGCGGGGAACUUUAGCAUCCCUUUUUAUCCAUACAAAGAAAUUGAGAAAGCCACAAAUUGUUUUGCUGAGAAACAAAGGCUUGGAACUGGUGCCUAUGGAACAGUUUAUGCAGGAAAACUCCACAAUGAAGAGUGGGUUGCCAUUAAAAAGUUAAGACACCGAGACACUGACGGUAUUGAGCAGGUCAUGAAUGAAAUCAAGCUUCUUUCAUCUGUUAGCCACCCAAAUCUAGUCCGCCUCUUAGGUUGCUGCAUAGAGAGAGAUGAACAGAUCCUUGUGUAUGAAUACAUGCCAAAUGGAACUCUAUCUCAGCAUCUACUGAGGGAGAGAGGCAAGGGUCUUCCUUGGACUAUUCGCCUCACCAUUGCGGCUGAAACUGCUCAAGCCAUUGCCCAUCUCCACUCCGCCAUUUACCCGCCAAUAUACCACAGAGACAUUAAAUCCAGUAACAUUCUAUUAGACUUCAAUUUCAACUCGAAAGUAGCUGACUUUGGUCUUUCCAGACUAGGUAUGACAGAGGAUUCCCACAUCUCCACAGCUCCACAAGGGACGCCAGGGUAUCUUGAUCCUCAAUAUCAUCAAAACUUCCACCUUUCUGAUAAAAGUGAUGUUUACAGCUUUGGGGUUGUUCUUGUGGAGAUUAUAACUGCACUGAAAGUAGUGGACUUCUCUCGGCCUCACAGUGAAGUUAAUUUGGCUGCACUUGCUAUUGACAAGAUUGGGAAGGGUUGUAUUGAUGAGAUAAUAGACCCAUUCAUUGAGCCACAUAGGGAUGCUUGGACUCUUUCAUCUGUGCACAAGAUUGCAGAGUUGGCUUUCAGAUGUCUAGCGUUUCAUAGGGAUAUGAGGCCUUCUAUGAUGGAAGUUGCAGCUGAGCUAGAGUGCAUCAGGCUUAGUGGAUGGGAACCUCUUGAGGAUGGCAUCUCUGACGAGUCCUCAAUUGCAAUUGCAUCCACUUUCUCAUCACCUCAAAAGGAAAUUGAAAAGUCUCUAGGAGUAUUUGAAAUGGUACGUUCAGGGAGUAGGAGAUUGCUAGUGCCACAGAAGGAUGAAUCUGUAUUACAGAUGGUGGUGAAGGAUAGCUCUCCUGUUUCUGUGCAGGAUCCAUGGGCCAGUGGACAGAGCUCCCCAUCAACAAACAGCUUGUUAGGAACAUGUAAUGUACUAAGCUAAAAGCUUCUUUUUUGUGUCUUAGCAGCAUGCAGCAUCACCAUCUUAUGAAGCUCUCUCUCUCUCUCAUAUUUGUGCAUCCCAGAUUCCCAGUUAGAAGAUGUGAUUAUCUCCCUCUUUAUUCUUAUCUGUAAUAUGUAGGGUAUAGAGUGAAACAAUGUGAACCCAGCAUUAAACAUGUGAAGGGUAUAUAUAAAAGGAAUGUACAGAGGAAUUGCUGAAA